AGUGCAAUUGAAGCAAAACCAAGAACUUGGUCGGGUUCUCACGCUAGACAGACUAUCAGACUGGGAAAGGAGUUGUCGUGGCGCUGAUGUUAUGAUAUUUAACUCUGGUCACUGGUGGCUCCACAAUGUCCAGAGGUGGGAAUUGUUUCAAUAUAGAGGAAAGCUUUGGGAGAACAUGAAGAUUCGUUCAGCAUUUCUGAAGGCAAUGAAGACCUGGUCUCGUUGGAUUGAUCACAACGUCGACAAGAGCAGUACAAAGGUAUUUUUUCGAGGCUUAACAGCACUACACUAUAGUAAAGAGUGGUGUUACAAUCGAAAACAACCCAUUAAAGAUGAGUCCUUUCAAUUUCUCAAUCCAAUUGGAGACAUUGUUGAGAGAAUAAUUGGACGCAUGAGGACACCAGUAACGUACUUGAAUGUCACAAAACUAACUCAGUACCGAAUAGAUGCACAUACAUCUGUUUAUACAAUAAGGCAAGGGAAGCUGCUGACACCAAAGCAACGAAGAAAACCACAUUCCUAUGCUGAUUGCAGUCAUUGGUGCUUGCCCGGAGUGCCGGAUACAUGGAACAGUCUACUGUAUGCAUCUAUGGUCAUGGACGACUCUAGUGACAGUAGUACUUUUAGUAUUUAAUAUCUGGCCGUUUGCUGUUUUAUUGAUGUCUAGCUAAAUAGAUUGUUUUCCUCUGCCAUAAAACAAAAAUAUUCAAAAUGCUGCCUAAAUUGAU